ACCACGCUUCCUCGGUGAAAUAAUUGUUUUAAAACCAAUCGGCCUGUCUCUCAUUUACACCAAACCCUUUUUAUCCCAGUGUAAAGGGGCCUUAAAGCAGUUGUACCUUUAAUAUAUUCCCAUAUUAAGGCCCUUUUACCCAACCAGUAUAAAUGAGAAUCAGGUCCUUUGACAAGGUAACUUGUUUAGAGGACACCCUGGUUUUAGAUUGCUGCCAUGCUGGGGAAGAUGGCGGCUGCUGUUACAACUUUUGCAUGCUUGGUGGUGCUCAGCAACUUACAAGUUUAUGAGGCUACAGAAGUGCCAUGCAGUCAGGUAAAUGGGAUUGUCAAUGGCACGGUGUAUCUAAACCCCAAACGGUCAGUCCCAGAGGAAUACAAGCAGAUCACCUGGUGGUUCAACGAGUCCCUAACGAUCCUGACUAAAAAAUGUGAUCAGCCAGUGUCUUACCCCAAUGGCUCUUUUCAUACUAAACUGCGUUACCAUGAGAAUCACACCCUGGAAAUUAAACAGCUGCAGAAGCAAGACAGCAGCACCUACCGGAUGGAUGUGGAAGACAGCCAAAGCCAGGAGAAAAGUGAACGUAUCCGACUGGACGUGUAUGUCUGA